CAUUUUGAUUUGACACUUCAUCCGCUGAAACCUCCGGGUUUAUGGGCGUAACUUUCUUUCUUUCUUCUUUUUUUUUUUUUUGUUUAAACAUUGAGGAGUAAGGGACAGGGUCAUAACUCCAUAAAUAGUUGGAUGGACGCGCGUAAAACUGCUGGAGGCAGCAGGCAGGAGAGGAGCGGAGAAACCGAGCGUCCUGUGUGACUAACGUGACGUAGAAAUAAAUGUUUUUAGUCACGGAAUGAGAUGUAGUUGAGGAUGACAGCUCUUACACCUUUGAGUGGAGCUGUAUUUGGACUUGCGUGGAGCUGCUUGAGUUUUCUGUCCUGCGCGCACUGCGCGUUAAGUGACAACCAUGUGCACUCCAGCUUCAUCUACAGGCGGUUGCGCAAUCACGAACGGAGGGAGAUCCAGAGAGAGAUCCUCUCCAUCCUGGGCUUGCCUCACCGUCCCAGGCCCUUCUCUCCCGGGAAGCAAGCGUCGUCCGCCCCGCUCUUCAUGCUCGACCUGUACAACGCCAUGGCUGUGGAGGAGGAGGAGGAAGAGGAGGAGGAGGAGGUGGAAGAGGGAGCACAGCAGGGCGCAGGGAAGGGCUUCGGUGCCAAAGCUCACGGGCACCCCAAGAGAGGUUACUCCAGCCCCCGGCACGGAUACAGCCGCGUGGCGCAGCCGUACAGAGCCGCUCCGCUGCUGGGCCACAGUCCCUCACUCUCCACGGCGCACGACGCCAACUUUCUCAGUGACGCCGAUAUGGUGAUGAGUUUUGUCAAUUUAGUGGAGAAAGAUAAAGAUUUUUCUCACCAACGAAGACACUACAAGGAGUUCCGUUUUGAUCUAACUCAGAUCCCAGACGGAGAGGCGGUGACUGCUGCAGAGUUUCGUAUCUAUAAGGAUCGCAGUCACUCCCGCUAUGACAAUAUGACGCUGAAGGUUACAAUACAUCAAGUCAUCAAGGAAUAUCAAAACAAAGAUGCAGAGACGUUCUUGCUUGACUCCAAAAAGGUGCCGGCAUCUGAUGGGGGUUGGUUGGUGUUUGACAUCACGGCAACCAGCAACCACUGGGUACUGAACCCACAGCAGAACUUGGGCCUGCAGCUCUGUGUGGAGACUGUAGAUGGGCGGAGUAUCAACAUCAAAUCAGCUGGAAUUAUUGGAAGGAAUGGACCACAGUCCAAACAGCCAUUCCUUGUUGCUUUCUUCAAGGCCAGCGAGGUGCUGCUUCGCUCUGUCAGAGCUGCCGGUGGCAAAAAAAAGAAUCACAAUCGGAAUAAAUCUGCAAAUCAACAAGAUUCAUCAAGGGCACCCAAAAGUGGAGACUAUAACACAAGUGAGCAGAAGCAAGCCUGCAAGAAACAUGAACUUUAUGUCAGCUUUCGAGACCUGGGUUGGCAGGACUGGAUCAUUGCACCUGAGGGCUAUGCUGCCUUUUACUGCGAUGGUGAAUGUUCUUUUCCACUCAAUGCACACAUGAAUGCAACAAAUCAUGCAAUUGUGCAAACUCUGGUUCAUUUAAUGUUUCCUGACAAUGUGCCAAAGCCAUGCUGUGCUCCCACCAAGCUGAACGCAAUAUCGGUCCUUUACUUUGAUGACAGCUCCAAUGUUAUCCUUAAAAAAUAUAGAAAUAUGGUUGUUAGAUCUUGUGGUUGCCAUUAGUGUGCAGCUUGCCUAACUUUAAUUUAUGCUGUCUGUUAAGAAAUUUGCUGAAACCACAUCUGCUGCCGUUGUGAUGUGAUGUACAGUAUUAUGUAUAUGAUGUUUUAUUACCUAAUUUAUUUUCUGUUAAAAAUAGCACUGAAUAUUGUGAUAUUUAAGUGAUUAGGGUAUUGAAAUAAGUUGAUUUUUUUUUUAACAUUGCAUCAGUAAUUACUCUGUCCAUUGGCAUAUACUCAUAUAUUUUAACUGAAAUCAGUAAACUAUUCACUGGAUUCCAUCUGUUUCUCUUUCUCUUUUUUUUUUUUUAAGAUUUCUGUUUAUAUACAUAAAUAAAUGUUCUGUAAAUGUUCACUGAACUGUGUAUAAUUAUGCUUUGUGGGCAAUAUAUUGCAUGUUCGUCUUGAGCGUUAAUUUACUUUAUUUUAAAAUCAAUGUGCAAUAUUGUCAAACUCACAACCAACCUGUCAAACAGCAGAACCCUGACCAUGAUCAGAAUCGAGCGUUACACUUUGAAAUACUGGAAAUUAAAUUGAGCCACUGGGAACAAAUGUUGUGGCUGUCUCUAUUGUAAAACGAAACUGCACAAAGCUAUUUUUAUCGAGCUUACAUCACUGUUUUUUUUCUGCUUGUGUUCCCAAAAGGGGAUUAUAGUGAAAAAAGGAGAAAACCUAAAGAAAUUGUUAAAACUUUAAAGAAUUACAUUCAUCCAAAUUAAAUUAACAAAUUGGCCUAAAUGUUUGUUAAUUCAUUUGUGUGUUUUGAAUUGAAGCACCUUUUUAAACUGGUCCAACAAUUCUUACACUGAAAAAGAACCAACUUAAAAAUCUGUUUCAAUUGGUUAUCCCUGAAUGAAUUAAGUUGUUUGAACUUAAGUUAGUAAGUUAGAUCAACUCUAACUUACUAACAAGUUCAAUUAUUACCUUUUUCCAGUGUAUGAUACUAUUAUCAUGUCAAGUAUUCACUUAUACAUGCUGUAGAAAUGAUGUCAUGAAGUGUUCUGGUGUAAAUUUCUUCAGUAAAUUCCUCGCGGUAAUUUAAGUUUACAUUGGGAUAUCUUAACAUAGUGUGUGUUUGAAUAAAUGUACCAUUUUAAACUCUUA